AUGGGUGAGCCGUGUGUUGGCAAGACCCCCGUAGUGGUAGUAACGGCAGUAAAAUGGAACUCCCCGGUCCCAUACGAUCCAGUGUGGCUGGCUAGCCUGCAAACAUACACGCCGGUACCCCCUGUCAAUGAGACGAGAUUGUGGGCGUGGGUUAAGGAAGAAGACAUACAAUUCAAACUCUUCACAAGACGGAAUCCCUAUGAAUAUCAACUUCUCAAAACUAACGAGUCAACCACUCUCAGGGAAUCUAACUUCAACUUUGAUAACAAGGUGAAAGUUCUGGCGCACGGCUGGCUCAAUCACGGCGACAGUCCUAUGCCGGAAUCCAUUAAAGAAGCAUAUCUUAACGUAAGCGACAUUAAUAUUAUAGUUGUGGAUUGGGGAACGGCGGCAAACGUAAAUUAUAUUUUAGCAAGUUACAAUGUGGCGAUGGUCGGUCGUCUUCUUACGGACUUCAUCAACUUUUUGAUUAAAGAAGGGGUUUCAGCUGAUGAUUUACAUCUCAUCGGGCAUAGUCUGGGUGCACACGUUGUAGGUAUUGCGGGGGCUUAUGUGCGAGGAGGUCCUAUUGAUACAAUUACCGGUCUUGAUCCAGCAUUACCUUUAUUUACUCUGGGUAAUAAGGAUGCUCGCUUGGACAAACACGACGCAAGACAUGUUGAAGUCAUUCACACAUGCGGAGGCUACCUCGGAUUUGCUUCCCCCCUCGGUCACAUUGACUUUUACCCUAACGGUGGCACCCGACAACCGGGCUGUGGUAUUGAUUAUAGAGGUUUGUGUGCACACAACAGAGCUCACAUGUUCUUCGCUGAGUCCAUAAUAUCAGAUGUUCCCUUCACUGCUGUCCGCUGCACUGAUUACGAUGAGCUCUACUACAAUGGUUCCUGUAAAGGCACCGGUGAAAAACUCAUCAUGGGCGGCUUCGAUAUCCACUAUGGGAAGGACGGAAUUUACUACCUCAGGACCAGGGCAGAGAAACCCUACGCCUUAGGGGACGUCGCCCCGUGA